CUCACGUGACACUCUAAUCACGAGAAGUCCCUCAAGUCACAGCUCGAGUCAAUCUGCCCCUGCGGAAGCCUCCGACACAAUUUGAUCCCAGUAAAAUAGUUAUACAAUAAUGUCGAUGUCAUUCCCGCCUCGACGCCCGCGCUUGUCAUCCCCCGAUGUCUAUCUAAUGUACGAGCACAUCAACACUCACCGUUUUGGGCGCUCCUCCAGCCCCGGGUCAGACUCAGAGGAGGAUGAUGAGGAUUAUGAUUCUUUCAAUGAAUCCGAUAGUGGCGAUAAUGAGCCUGCCGCAGUCAUGGGAGAAAUGGACAUCGACACACCCACUGACGCGGAGAACAACACUACCACUAUUCAGACAAAGGAAUAUGUAUCCUCUGAAAAGACGGAUGGAGACGCAGAAGAUGAAGACGAGGAGAGUAAGGAAGAGCUUCUUCGGAAGCGAGUCGAAAAGCGUAAAGGAAAGCAGCCCGAACAAACCGAAGCGCAGAAAGCCGAAGCGCGCGCUCGUCGACGAGCUCGCAGGAUGCUGGAGGAAGAAGAGGCCUACAAUAAUGUCUAUAGACCUAUCCUCACUAUCAAGAGCAGCCAAGGAUUCGUCUGGAAUCAGGAUUUAUUUGUUCCUGCUUGGCAAAAGGAUCGAUACCUCUGCUCGACGUCUCCGUCCUCCAAUUUUUCGCACCCCACUCCAGCCCCCUUAUCCUCUGGAAUGGAUUUCGAAGUUGAAUGUGUCGAAAUCCGUGUUCGGGAAUCUGAACUGAACGAGCUGAUUCCCCGGUAAUAACAACAAGCGCAAUCAUCCACCUCCACCCAUCUUAUUGGCCUCUUCGGUGCUCUGGUUUUUGGUCCUGAACAUCAUCAUAUUCCGCGAUAUAGGAUGAAUACACUGCCUUACCCCCUUUCCCCUCUAUGUAUUUUUCAAUCCACCUCCCCCCUCUGUCAACCACCCCUGUAUCAUAUUAAUGCCUCCACGCCCCAUUCAGACCUUAUAUUCGUACGCAGGCCUGACAAUCCUUCACCUCACACAUUUCCGGCUUAGUUUAUGUAAGUUACAUCCAAAUAACCCUGGACGCUUGCUGCGAAACCGAUUAAAACUGUCGCGCACAAUUCUGAAAGGAAACCUUAGAGGAAAAUGCCCAUUUAUGUCUUGCGAUAC